GAAGAUAGUGUGGUUAUGUUUGGCAGAUACGAAUUUCUGUCAACAUAGCAAGAAAAUGGGCUUGUUUGGCAAAUCUCCAGAAAAAAAUCCAAAAGAAAUGGUUCAAGAAUGGACACAUAAAUUAAGGAAAGAAGGCUAUCAAUUGGAUAGACAGGUUAGAGCAAUUCAGCGAGAAGAAGAUAAAAUAAAACGUUCUUUGAAAGAAGCAGCGAAGAAAGGUGAUAAAGAUGUUUGUAAAAUUCUAGCAAAAGAAAUAAUACGUGCACGAAAAACUUGUAACAAACUCUAUACAUCAAAGGCACAUAUGAACUCUGUUGCAUUACAAAUGAAAAAUCAAUUAGCAACGAUUAGAGUUGCUGGUUCAGUUUCAAAAUCCACAGAAGUAAUGCAAGCAAUGCAAUCAUUAGUAAGAGUUCCAGAAGUAGCAGCGACAAUGAGAGAAUUAUCAAAGGAAAUGAUGAAAGCUGGUAUUAUUGAAGAAAUGUUAGAUGAAACUAUGGAAUCUGUGGAAGAUUCUGAGGAAGUAGAAGAUGAAGCAGAUGAAGAAAUAGACAAAAUUUUAUGGGAAGUAACUGCAGGCCAAUUGGGUACAGCACCUGCAGUUGUUACAGAAACUCCAGGAUCUAUUGUAGCAUCUACUUCUGCGGAAGAAGAAAGUGAAGAAGUAAAUGAUAAAGAACUUGAAGAAAUGAAAAUGAGACUACAAAGUCUUCGUAGUUAGGUGUAAUAUAUAAAUAAUUUUCAUCUGCAUUGACUUAAAAAUCAACUUGCACUUAAUGAACAUAUAAAUAUAUAAGGUACAAAUACAGUGAAAUGAAUAUCUAGCAUAACAAUAUUUAAUUGAUGCUUUUAUAAUAUUGAAUAACCAAAAAGAAAUAAGUAUUAUAAAAAAUGAAA